UAUAUAGCCUACUUAAGUAAUUUAACUGGACAUGCAUUUAUUAAAUUAGCAAAGUGUUCAUCAAUUACGAGAUGAAAGGUGUAGUGAGUAGGGGUUAAACUCGCAAGCAAAACGUACUGGAUUAGGUCCCGAAGGACUGCUCAAGUUUUUGCUAUUUCCACCUGGGUAGCCUAAGUGAGCCUCAGAUUAACGAGUCUCACAAGAGAGACUGGAUAUCGAGACGAGCAUCAGAUUAAACAUGCUAGCCAACAAGCACUAAUGAUUACGUCACCAUUCACGAGGUCCUGUUGAGUUGAUCACUGUUAGCAGAAGAGGACAUUCUGUGGGAAAACUUGUGUAUUGGACUUGUUACCAUUCCACUCUGCUCCACAUCUACUACCAAACGGACCUGGCAGUGAUCACUUUGAAGAAGACCAUGUCGCUAGUGGGAUGUUGCAUUCUACAAAAUGUAGCUGUCUUUCUUUUUUCCAUGCUUUAUCUUAAUCCUUCACUUUCUUACUUGCUAAAAAACUGCACCAUACCUUUCUCUGAGAAUAUGUCUAACUCGGCUUGUAUUAACAUUGACUGUUCUCAAAGAAAACUGUUAGUGGUACCAGAUGGCAUUCCCAGAGGUGUGACACGGUUAUCCAUUUAUCUUAAUCAAAUCCAAGCAAUUCACAAGAAUGACUUCCGGUAUUUGUCAAACCUUACAGUGUUAAACCUAGCCAUGAAUCAAAUUGCUCAUAUUGAAGAUGGAUCUUUUAUUGAUUUGCUAGAGCUAAGGGAACUUAACAUAGCUAUGAACAAACUGACCAAACUCUCAAACAACCCCUUUGAAGGACUGUGGAAGCUCACAGUGCUGGACCUUAGUAGGAACAGAAUCAGAGUCAUUCCCCCCUCUGCAUUUGGGUCAAUGUCCAGCUUGCAUUGGGUGAAUUUAGAUCAAAACCUGCUAACAGAAAUGACUGACAUUCAGUACAUACUACCACUACCACACAUUGAUUAUAUCAGUAUUAGUGAUAACCCCUUCAGCUCUUUUGAGACUAAACAUUUGCCCCUGAACAUGUCCUCGAGUCUCAGAGGUUUCGAAUUGUCUUCAAUAGUGUUAACAAUCUUCAGCAUCACAACACCUGUCUUUCCCCAUCUUGAGAAGUUAAGCUUUAAUGGCCUUUGCCCAAAUCCUGUUAUGGAGGUGGACAUACCCGAGCCUCGUUUCUUCAGGACUGUAACUCAUCUUCAAUCUUCAACUCAUUGCAUCUCUUUCAAAGACAUGAGGAAGCUCCUAGAGAGUCUGGUCUCACUGACGCAUCUUGAGCUUUUACACACUGAGAAAUGGAUCAACAGAGGUCUCUUAAAGACAGCCUGCAGCAUCCCCUCUCUGAGGUCACUGGACCUCCAUUAUAACUCGGUUGUCAACAUUGACCCGAAGCUGGCCAACUGUUCACAGAUAACCAAGUUGGACCUAUUCUCCAAUCGCAUCUCCAAUCUCUCCAGUCAUUCAAUACAAUCAAUGAAGCAAUUGAGAUACUUGGAUUUGGCAGGUAACUCUCUCUCCAGCGUGCCUCAUGACCUUAUCAGUCUCUCGUCUCUUGAAAUCCUAUAUCUGUCAGCCAACCACAUUGCUGAGGUAGGCUGCUUAGAUUUCUUCAAUUUAACAAGACUCAAAGAACUAUAUCUCGCAUACAACUACAUUGAUAAACUAGAUGGUUGUGUGUUUCAAUAUCAAAAGGAUCUAAAGGUUUUGGAUUUAAGCAAUAACUUGUUGUUGGAAUUGGACGAUACUUUUAAGAUCGGUCUAAAGAAUCUAGAGUUCUUAGAUUUGAGUACAAAUCGAAUUAAGCAUUUUGGAACGGGAGAUUUUAUAAGUUUGGAAUCGCUCAGUUGUUUAAAAUUAAAUAUAAUUGAAGAUGUACACAGUAAGGAUUUUGAACGAUUGUACACUCCUAGUCUGUCUUUUUUACUACAGAUGGACAAUAUUUUUAGCGGACUGCAGUUGUUAAGAAAUCUCACUGUAUAUCUGAAUAUCCCAGAAGGCUACAAAGGGGUUGAUCUAAACUCUUACCAAAACUUGAUAAAUUUACCUUCUUUGAGGUAUCUGGACAUAAUAUGUAGAGGUAUGCAUUGUUCAAAGCCUUUUCAUGUUCCUAUACAUUUUCUUAAAACAAUGAAGAAUCUAGAGCACCUCACAGCUGAGAAUUUCCAACUUGUGGAGCCAGAUAAAGACACGUUUAUAUACACACCAAAGCUUAAGAGUCUCGCCAUAACAGAAAGCAGCCUUUCAGACCUAAAUCCUGAGCUAUUUCAGCCAAUCUCAAAUCUAGAGGUUCUGGAUCUUUCACGGAAUACCCUCAAGAAUUUAGAUUUCCUUGCCCAAGCGAACCUGACUAGCCUCCGGUGUUUGAAACUCUGUGAGAACGACUUAACUGUUAUUGAUCACAAUAUCUUCCAGUUCCUCCCAGCCCUAACAUAUCUAGAUCUUUCUGUUAACCCUCUGACCUGUGACUGCUCUAACUCUGGCUUCCUGCUGUGGGCGCUGAGCAGCGAUCAAACGCAGAUCGUUAAUGUCGACCAGUACGUGUGCACGUACCCCCUUAGCGAAAGGGGAACCAUGUUCGUGGACAUUGACGUGCAAUCCUGCUGGAUGGACGCCAGCUUCCUCUGCUACAUUUCCGCCACCAGCCUGGUUCUGCUCACUCUGCUCACUGCCUUCGGCUACCACUUCCUGCACUGGCGUCUGGUCUAUGCCUACUACCGCCUCAUGGCCUUGCUCUAUGACAUGAGAGAGAGGAAGAGAAACAAUCCGUAUUGCUACGACGCUUUCAUAUCAUACAACAUCCAGGAUGAGGCCUGGGUCCACAGGGAAAUGCUUCCUGCUCUGGAGGACGAGCGAGGCUGGAGACUCUGCCUGCACCACCGAGACUUCCAGCCAGGUACGUCCAUCAUGGAGAACAUUACGGAGGCUAUCUAUGGCAGUAGGAAGACCAUCUGUGUGAUCAGCAGACACUACCUGGAGAGCGAGUGGUGCUCCAGGGAGAUCCAGAUGGCCAGCUACCGUCUGCUGGAUGAGAAGAAAGAUGUGUUGAUCCUGCUCUUCCUGGAAGAGCUGCCAGAGAAGCAGCUGUCUCCUUACUACCGCAUGAGGAAGCUGGUGAGGAGGAGCACCUACCUGAGCUGGCCCCAGGCCGCCCGCCACCCUGGACUCUUCUGGCAGAACGUCCACAGAGCUCUGGAGAGCGGAGACAGCCAUGAUGACAACACACACUUCCUGUCUGGGCCGGCCCUAUAGCCUGUUGGAGUAACAGUCUGCUCUCACUUGCUGCCUUGGAGUGGGACUUACCUUUAGUUUUUCUUGUCAUAGAGUAAAGUAAGAUAGGAGUUUAGUUGACCUUUAAAUAUUUUUGCCCUGUAUUGUGUGAGUAACUUUCGUACCUGUUUUUAUUAAAGCUAUAAUCAAAUGAUGCUACCAGGUUGAAGCUGAAGCCAAAUAAAACAGUGACAGGAUCAGUCACUUGAUAUGUAUGCAGAUGUUUGUUUGGUGUUCACUUUGUCUAGCUUGAUCAAACAGGCAUAACAAUUCCACAACUUUCUUUUAAAAUUAGUCAAAUUGGACCAAUAUAGUAGUUUUUUUAAUUGUUCAAGCCUUGGUUCAAGCCUUGGUUACUACAUUAUUAUAUUAUUUGUAGGGCUGUCAGUUAAACGCGUUAUUAACGGAGUUCACGCAAUCCAAUUUAACGGCGUUAAUUUUUUAUCGCGCGAUUAACGCAAAUUCAUAUAUAUAUAUAUAUAUUUUUUCUUUGGCUCAAAACAAAGAAGGAGUAGCCUGACUGCUAUGUUCAAGGCAGUAUGUUUGUAGGUUCAUCGUUUAAUUGCACUAUAGGCUUUUUUUUGU